AUGCCCCUCCAAAGACUGAUAAGGCAAUGUCACAUCAUUUUGGCAUCAACAGCCAAAUACACCGGUACGAAUUUUCUCAGAGUAAUGUCUCAAGGGAAAAUGGACGAAAAUCUGGUGUCAGUGACUGAAGCUAAGAGAUUCGUUAGGGAUUGCUUCCAGGCAGCGAAAGUCCGGGAAGAGAAUGCUCAAGCAAUGGCAGAUCUCCUGAUCGAGGCAGACUAUCGAGGGCACUUCAGUCAUGGAAUGAAUCGAUUGGAAAUGUACAUCAAUGAUUUGGACAUGAAGACAACGGAUGGCAAUGCAGAGCCAAAGAUCUUAAAUGAAACCCCAGCCACAGCCUGGAUUGACGGACAACACGGACUGGGAGUGGUAGUGGGGAACUUUUGCAUGGAUCUGGCAAUCAAGAAAGCAAAAACCGUUGGUGUCGGUUGGACUUGUGCCAAAGGAUCAAAUCACUACGGAAUCGCCAGUUGGUAUACUCUUCGUGCCAUGCAGCAGGGACUCAUUGGAAUAUCAAUGACCAAUACAUCUCCCCUCAUGAGCCCUACACGGAGCAAAGAAGCAGCCCUUGGAACCAAUCCCCUGUCCCUAGCUGCUCCCGGAAACCAUGGAGACAGCUUUGUGCUAGACAUGGCGACAACAGCUGUAGCUGUGGGAAAAAUCGAAAUGCAACGCAGAAAGAAUGAACCAAUCCCAAAAGGUUGGGCUCAGGAUCCAUCAGGAAAGCCUACAACGGACGCUAGUUUGGCCUUUGAUACCGGGUGCUUGAUGCCUCUGGGCGGAGAAGAGCUAACAUCGGGUUACAAAGGAUACGGAUUGGGAGUUCUUGUGGAAGUGAUGUGUGGAAUAAUGAGUGGCUCUAACUAUGCCUCAAACAUCCGGAAAUGGACUCAUGCUGGAGCUGAGGAAAUUGCCAAUUUGGGACAAUGCUUCAUAGCUGUUGAUCCCAAUUGUUUUGCUCCUGGAUUCUCUGAUCGUUUAACCGAUCUGAAUGAUCUAUUGCGCGGACUACCAUCUUCUGACCCUGACAAACCUGUUCUCGUUGCCGGAGAUCCCGAGAAGACGCAUAUGGCUAAGGUUGAAAAAUCCGGAGGAAUAAAUUACCAUGUGAAUCAAGUGAAAACUUGUAUGAGUCUCGCAGAGCGACUCAAAAUCACUCCCCUUCAAUUCAUCAAAUAAUUACUGCAAUAUUUUUAUAAAUAAACAUUUUUCUUUUCUCUCGCGA